CGGGAAAGUUGAAAGGCGCCAAGUCUGAAAACUGAAAACUCUGGACGGGCGUUUUUCCUGAAUUUGUUUUAAAAAGAGCGACUCAAGUUCACAACUUUGUUUAACCCCGUUUUUGUUAGGAAUUUGCGCAAACUAUGAGGCCAGAAAAGGGAGGAAUGCUGGAGUUCCUCCAACAGCUGGACGCCAAGGCAACAAAACUCACCAGUUACCACGGCGAUGACGACAACCCUCAAGGUCACCCAAAGAAAGGUCAAGUUCAGAAGCAGAACAAAGAAGGACAGCCUGAGAGAACGAGUGAUGACGAUGCCACUGCUGAGAUGGAAACAUUGAUACAAAAUCUACAAGAGAAGAAAAAACAACUAAAACAGAAACUCCACACUGGACCAAAACAGGUAUUUGGGAGCCUCGACAAUAAAAAGUUGCGGCGGUUCAAAGUGAAGACAGAGGCUGACAGACCCUGCCUGAGGAGAGCUGCAGAUUACAUCAAACAGAGGAAAGCAGAGCUACUGAAGGAAGCAUACAGCUUUGCAGGCAUCAGCAUGACUCGUGAGUCGGAGUCCUGUGUUAGUGUGACCUGGGGCACCUUCUACUCUGGCCAGUACAGGGAGUCAUAUCAGGCACAGAUCCAGGUCUCUCACAAAUUAAAGAUAAGGCAGCACACCCUCCCCACCUUCCUACCCCUGGAGGAGCUCAUCUCUGCCCACCUGAACUCUGACCUGAAGCGGUUUCUCUGGGCGGUCGGAGACCAUCUGAAUGCCUUCGUGUCCAGGAGAGAGCAGCUGGCACAGGCUAAGACAUCCUACUCAGACCUGUUGCAGGGCGAGGUGGAGGCCAGUGCAGGGUGUGACGUCCUGAAGCUGACUCUGAGAGCAGAGGAGCAUCAUUACCACACCACACUGACUUACAAGGAUGGGCUGAGCACACGACCGACCACUGUGGAAGUAGAAGAUGAUGACCAGUCCACAGAUGUUGAGGAGGCGACUCCCAGGAUUCAGGAGGCUUUCCUCAGCAAGUCUCUACCUGAUGCUUUAACAGACAUAGCCACUUACCUGAACAGAAGUUUGUGAGAACAGGCCACAUUCCAAUGGAGUCUGAAAUAUUCUUCAAAGAUAUACAAUCCUGUACUCUGUAGUUUCAUCAGGUUGUAAGUUAUUCAUAUACAUUUGUAGUAAGCUUCUUUAACCACAACUGAGAUAGUAUGUACUUCCAACGUUUCGGUGUCUGACAGACACCAUCAUCAGGGUUAGAAUGGACACCGAAAUGUUGAACGUACAUACUAUUCAGUUGUGUUUGAAGAACCUUACUAUAUGGAUAUGCAUGUACUGUAUUAUAUGAAAGACAAAGAGCCUCCUAAAAAGCAAGAUAAUGCAGGUGUUUUUUCUUUUCUUUUUCAACAAUUUAUGAAAAUCACUAAUCAGUAUGUUUGAAAAUUCAAAGCUUUACCAUUUGAAGGGUGUCGUUUUCAAUCAAUCGAACAAUAUCCUGUAUCUUAACAAUCCUGUAUUUUAACUGUGCCUUCGACCUUGGUCAUUCUAUGUCUUCCUAGAUGUCCAGUGUGGGGGUAUUGGGGGUGACUGACUCCAUUAUUAGAAAAUUCAAUUUUUCUAAGAAUGUAACUUCAGUUGCCAGUGAAAUAAGAUAAUUUCCAAAAUCAUUCACAUAUUAAUUAAAAAUUGUAUUUUUGAAAAAUCCAAAAAAAUUGAACU